AGGGAUCGAAAUAUAUUCGAUCGAAUACAGUCUUAAAAUAACAGAACUUGUAGAUGUUAUAGAUGUAGGGUACAAAGAUGCGAAUAUUUUUUCCUCAUUAGAAAAUUCUGUUAAAUUAGAGAAUCCAGGAUUUAUAAUUGAACUUCCAUUAAAAAGUUUUGAAAUGUCAAAUUCAUUCAUGGUUGUUGAUAAGGAUGACCAACUAGUUAUUUAUGAUGAUUUGAUAAUAGAUAAAUAUUUGAACCAUUUAAAAAAAAAAAAUGAUGAACAAGAUUGGAAGCAACUAUCAAGUGAAUAUUUUUUGAGAGAUGAUCUCAAUAAUAAGAUCCGAGAUCUUCAUGGUAAUGAAUCAGAAUUAGAUGAAUAUUUUCGGAUUCUUGAUCCCUGGAUAUUCGGCUCUCCUGAUAGUGGAAACUCUCGAUAUUCGUUCUAUCUUGAUGAGAAAAAAGAAAUAUUGCUUUUAAUUGGAGAGGAAACGAUUCAAGUUUGGUAUAAUCAAGGUCCUGAAAAAAGAUCUCUUGAAUUCAUUAUAUUUUUAAAUUUUUUUUGCGCCUUACACAAGUACAAGAUAUUUAAAGAUGAAGCAAAGGAAUGGAAUGUUAACAAAGCAAAAGUAACAGACAUUAAAUAUUCAAAAUAUUCUUGCUUCACACUUGAAGUUUUAUCUUAUGGCAAAAAGGUUGAACAGUUUCUUGAUAAAGAUAGAAAAUUAAAAUUCAAUGAUAUCUUCGAACAAACACGAAAAAUAAUAUUGAGAUUUAUUAAAUUACAUCCGUCUGCUUGGCGGUUGUUAGAUAUUCGCUUUGAUUUAAUGGGCUCUCUUAUUAGAGCGAGGGAAUAUGAACUUGUAAAUGAUAUUUUAUCUUUUGGAGAAUCAGUUCAUGUACCUCAAUAUUCUUAUUGGUCAGGCGAAAAAAAUACUAUUCAUACUGCACUUUUAGACAUCAUACCAGAAUUAUGCGAAAGUAAUGAAAAGGGUGAAAAAGAAAAAGAGUCAAGUGAUUUAUUAAAAGUUCUUAUACCUAUAACACAAUUGAUUCCACAAAAUUCCAAGUUGGAUCUACAAGAGAUUGAUUAUGACAAAAUUGUUGAUAUUCGGAUGGUACAUUUACCAGAUUUUACAACAAACAAAAGAAUAUUAUCGGACGUACGAGAUAUAAGAAAAAGAAAACUUAAAAAUUUUCUAAAAUUUUUAAUUUUUCCUAGUCAAUAUUCAUCUCUUAAAAAGGAGGAUUACAGCCCCUUUAUUAAGUUUAUAGACAAUGGUAAAAAUAAUGUUCGUGAGAUUUUAUAUGAAAACCCAUCAAUUGGUGCAGUAAUGAAUUGGAUGUGGUAUUCUUCUAAAUUCUACUGGCCUAGAACCCAAUUUAUUCUCCUUGGUUAUUCAUCUUAUAUGGAACUAAAUCAAUCUUCAACAAUGACCGGAGAGGAAUCUGAUAAUCCAUUUUCAAGUAUUAUUGCUGCCAUACUUGCAGUAUAUGAUUGGUCUUCAAUUUCAUUCGAUACUUGGAAUUUUUGGCCACCCACUAUAAUCAGUGUAAUUGGCAGCUUUUUUUUUAUAAUUAUAAUACAAAAUGUAAUCAUUUCAUUUAUGGGUGAUGCUUUUUCAGAUGCAGUCAAAGAUAGCAAACGUGGCGUAUAUCCCAAAUAUAUCUGUUUUUAUGAUGAUCCAUCUAUUACGAGUUCAUGGAAAGAAAAAUCAGAAAAAAUUAAAUCAAAACCAUAUCCUAAACUUCCAACCUUACGUAAGAGUGGAUUUGAAUAUUGGUCAGUUGAAAGUUGUGAAUUUAUUUGGGAAAAGAGCGCAGAAGAAGAUUGGAUAUAUGAUAACCCACCUUCGAGUGUCGCCGUUGGUACUAUUGGAGAAGAUCCUUUUCAUUGGCAGGCAACAAUUAUGGGUCCCCCUGAAACUCCAUACGCUGGUGGUGUAUAUUUUCUUGCAAUUGCAUUUCCUAAAGAUUAUCCAUUUAAACCACCAAAGGAUUAUUUUACAACAAGAGUUUAUCAUCCGAAUAUAGGUAUUAAUGGAACUAUAUCCAUAGAUAUUCUAAUGGACAACUUGAAUCCUUGUCUUACCAUUUCGAAAGUGCUUAUAUCUAUUCAAUCGCUUUUGCCUUCUCCUAACCCAGAUGAUUUACUCGUAAGCGAAAUUGCUCAUGUUUACAAAACCGACCGCGCUCGUUAUGUAGCGACAGCACGAGAAUGGACGCGUAAAUAUGCUAUUUGCUUCUUACAAAUUGAAUUCCAUUUAAACCAAAUUAGUGUAAUACGAUAUAAGGGCCAAAG